UCACACUAAUUUUGUUUCUCCUUUUGUUGCCUAAAUUCACCUUUUCUCCCAAUCAAAUACAUAAAAACCCUAAUCGGACUGCCUUCAUCUGCCUAAGUAAUCGUUAUGCUUCUAUUGUCCUCAUUCCUCUUUUAUAACACGCCAACACCAUCCUGUAUCCAACCUUGCACCAUCCACCGUAUCUGAGCGCUGUGAUUUUCUUGCAACGAACCCCCACCACGAUCCUUAUCCGCGUCUCUCUCUCUCUGUCCUGACUCACUCUCUAAUCCUGCCACUACUCAUCGUCAUCGACACCGCCAUCAUUGCUGCUCCCAUCUCCGCCAGCAAACCGGUGGCUCAACAUUAUGCCCUAUGCUAUGCUCUUCACUAAAAAAAGGUCCAGAAGCAUGCUGAACAGUACGUCUCUCUGCAUAUUAAGUACUGGGGCUGUAUAAAUUUUUGUCCUAAUUUCAAGAUUCCAAGAACCAAAAUCAAUAAGAAACAAUUAAUUUCAGACAAGAACUGAAACUGGUUUCAAUUUUGGACCAAACAUGGUCCAAAUCAGAAAGCACAUGGACUAUUUUUGUAAUUUACUUUAAAGGGAUCAGACCCAUAUGUUGCAACAAAACUCUCAUUUUCAAUGUUUUUGUCAUUGUUCAGAUGUAGAUGCUAGGAUGCAGGACACAUGGUCAAGAAUGUUGGUUAAAUUGUUAUCUUUUCGUGAUGGGAAUAAGUGGUUGAAAUAUAUUCCAAUGACAAAAAAGAGCGAAAUAGGCGGAUUUUUAAGAAUAUUAUUUAGGAUCCAGUUUUUAUUACAAAAGUAAUUUUGGAAGAUGUUCGAAGACCUUGGGUUUUGCAAGAGUGAUGAGAUAUUUAUUUCUAGCUACAAUUUGAAUUUUUUACGAUCAAGCAUGUCGUCUUUAAACAAGUAAGUGCAACACUCAUUUGAAACGAUGAUAUUGAACAAAAAACAGCAAAUAUGUGACCAAUGGAGGCUUAUGUUGGAGAAGACUCGGAUGUAGAUUUCUAGAUGAAAGAAAUCUGUUGUUUGAGAUAGGUUCAUUUAUAAUCUCUAUAGUAUUUGAGUUGGCAAGGUCAAAUCAUAAACCAAAGAAAAAUCUCUUAGUUUGGUCAUCAAUCCAUGACGAAAUUAUAAGUGAAAAUGAAAUGGAUAAAAUACAUUGGUGGUGCUGGUGCAAAUUUUUAAAGAAAUGUGAUUUUGAAAAUGGAGCUGAAGCAGAAAGAUUAACACAAAAGUAUAUUACAGCAAGGUAAAAAGUAGUAGUGAAGUAAAGGGAAAUUAUCUUCAUUUAUCAAUGAUAUUAGUGUAGGCUUCUUAGGUUGGUUUUGGUUCAAAUUGUUGUUCAGAAAGUCUUUAUCUUCUGUUUUUAAAAGACAUCAUGAAGGUUCAAGUUUGGUGUUGGUUUUUGGAUCUUAGAUUUUUGUGUUGUUGUUGUAUGUUAUGUUUUGUUUUACCCAUUUUAAAUCCAACUGCAACAUGUCUGGUGAAAUGUUGGUGUUCAGUCAUUUCUUUAUUUGUUGUAGUUUGAGUAGUUGUAUGUUUGUAAAAUUUCACCCUCUUUAUAUAUAAGUUGUUGUUCAAAAA